AUGUUCCGUGCGUUGCAAUCGGUUCGCUCUCUCUCAACCUCUGUGGUCAACAAGCAGGACCUCGUACAGCAGGCUUUCAUAAAGAAGAUUCGUGAGUAUGCUCAGAAAGGUGGAGACCUUUCCAGCUCGGAUCCUGCUGUUAAGAAAGCCCUCACCGACGAGCUGAACCGACUUGCUGCCAAGUUCCAGCUAGCUAAUUCUGAUGUUGUUGGCAAACUUCCCACCAGCUUUGAAACCCCGAAGGUUGACUCGUCUGUGCAACAGCUUUUGGAAGCUCUUCGUCGCAGGAGUGCCGAUGUCUGCCCUGCAGAUGCGAUACUAAGACAGCUUCUUCCUAGUAUAGAUAUGGGCGCUGGUCCACUUGUUGUAGAAUUGGUUGCAGUGUUCAUCCUGACAGCACUACUUUUGAAUAAGUAUGCUGACUGGCGUCGUCACCAAUUUAUCGUCACACUGUCAACGUUCAUUGGUUGGUACUUCUCCUUUAUAAUUAUUUUCGUACUUCCGCUGGAUGUUGCGAUUACGUUCUACAACAGGUGUGAAGUUGAGCAUGAUCGGGCGUUGAAUACAACAGGUUUAGAAUCCAGUUACUGCGAACAACCUGGAGGCUACGUUCCUGAUGCUGUUCUUCUUUGCCUUAUGGAGGAUAGUAUAUUGGACUGCACAAAUUCUUACUUGGUCUGUAUGCUUCUGCUAUAA